AUGUCUGACAGGAAAGUUAUAAAAAAUGCUGUCCAUUCCGACACAGAUUAUCUUUUCCUUGGUGAAGAUAAGUACUAUAUUUUCAAAACUGGCAUUUACAAAGUUGGUCGAAAAGGUUGUGAUGUGAUAAUCACUAAAGAUAAAGGGGUUUCUAGGGUUCAUGCAGAAAUAGUUGUUAAUACAAUGAACCUGGUUAUUCCUUUACCAAAUGAGCGUUCUCAUUUGUCACCAAGUAUACAUAUUAGAGAUUGCUCCAAGUAUGGGACAUUUAUUAGCAAGAAUGUUGGGCCCAAGAAAAAAGUUCACGAGCUACCAAACAAAGAAACAGCAUUAGAGGAUGGCGACCUUGUUUCUUUUGGCACUGGUGCUAGUAUUACUCAUACCUUACGUGAAGGGUGCACACAUGUGCUGGUAGAUCAACUUAUGCCAUUGAAGAAGGAUCUUGUUGAUGCUGUUGUGGCAAAAAAAUCCUGUGUUCUCAAAAAUUGGCUUGAGUUUUUAGAAGAAAGGAACAUUAGCACCGAAAUUCCUAGCUGUCAUUCAUAUAUUCCAACAGUGUCAUCAGGAGGAGAAUCCAUUAAAGUUGCUGAUCCCACAACCCGAGAAGAUUGCUUGAAAGGAUACACAUUUUUGUUGGAAUCUGAGCAUUCGUAUAAAUUUCAGGAUCAGCUUAAAUCUUUAUUAGAAGUGGCUGGUGCAAAAGUUGUUUCCUCUGAAGAUUUUUGUUCAAAUAGUCAAGGUUUAAAUAAUAGGGAGGAUAAUCGUGUGGCUUGUGUCAUCCCAGGAGGACCAGCGCGGAAGUCUAAUCUCUUCGAUAAACUAAGUUCCUUGCCUAGAGUUAGUGAGAUGGAUAUAAUAUGUGCUGCUUUCAGUGGACAGCUAGAUCUGUCUAUUUUGAAAUCACCAUGCAUACUUGUUUCGUCAUCAUGCUCUACAGAUGAGACAAUAGUAGCAGAUUCGGAUACUGAAGUUGAAACAGCCACAUCACCCCGCCCAAACGAGGCAUUCAGCAACGAUAAUGAUGUAAAAUAUGAAAAAACAGAAGAAUUAUAUGACGAUUCUUACACUUUGGAUAAGAGAAAACAUGAGAGUAUAGAGAAAUCCACAGAUGAUGUUUUAACCAGAUUGCAUGACACUAAACGUGCAAGAACAGAAACAUCCUUGGAUGGCACUUCUGUUAGAUCACAUGCUACCAGCUUCAGGCUUGAUAAUGAUGGUGUUAAAGUAAAGAAAGACAAGGUUGAUGAUAAUGGAACUGAAAAUUCAGAUAUUGUUUACAGCCAACAACUAAUUGUUCGAGAUACAAAUAUACAUGGAAGCAGAAGCACUGCACCGAACAGCAGUGUUCCAAAUUUUAAAUGUUUCAGAAAGUUACACACUCAAUCUGGUAAUAGCUUUGACAAUCUUGUUCCAUUUGCAAAAUAUCCAUACAAGGAUUCUGACUGUGGGAAUGAUGAAAUGGCCGAGUUAGUGAGGGAUGAGAAAAGGCGAAAGAAUAUGGAAGCUGUCGCAGAUGACCUAUUUAAUAAUGAGAAGGCAAGAAAACGAGGCACUUGGGCAUGGUGGAAUGCUAUAGCAGAGAUCUUUCUCCAAAGAUAUGGCUUCAAAGAUACUGCACACUUGAUGCGUGUCAGGUUGAUUUGUUCACUUGUCUGCGUUUUGAUCGAGAAUGAAAAGAGGUUAUUGGCCGUAUAUGGUGACACUCUUCCUCUUAUCUUAGAGAGGCCUCCUGAAGGAUCUAUUUAG